AUGAACAGGCGAGGCGAGGCAACAGUGUACAUCCUCAACGGCGAAAGCGGCGAUGCAACAUAUACUCACGUUCCACUGCCUUUCUAUUACCUACACUACAUGAGUACCAGCCCUAGGAAACAUCCGUCAGCUUUUCGACCUAUCCAUACGCAGAAAUCAUCGACACCUGCGCAUGCUUCUCGAAUCCUUCCGCCCGAUUUCUCCGACGACUCAGACCUACCCGAAGACAUAGAUUUCUUGGGAAAUUCUAGCUCGCUCUUCGACCAAUCUCUGAACUCCUCUCCCCCACCGAUCGCCUUCUCAACACCAUAUACAACGCAAAAGCGAGAUUCAGCAAGAAAAACAAACACCAUGGUUCGCGAACGGGAGCCGCCUUCGGGCCAACCGACCUUGAAACCCAACACAACGCCGGAAUUUGGGAAAACAAGCCCUAUCCGUAACCCUCUGAAAGCAAACUCUCAGGUUUUCAAUAUACCGAGACCAGGGCAGGCGAGACCAGAACACCACCGCGAUUCGAAUCGGAUAGCGACGCUGCAUCCGUCGGCAGAGCCUGUGUAUCCCAAAGUCGGACCACGCCCUAGUAAUGCGUCGUCUGUCGAUUCUGACAUCUUUGAGAUCCCAGCAACACAAUUUCAGUCCCAACAUAAGCCGCCUGCGCAAGGCGUUCCCGUUAUGCAGCCUUAUAAUCCUCCGCUUCGACCUCUGCAUCCCCCUCCCAAGCCCAUAUAUUCAUCCAUGGGUCACGCCAAUGGGUUCCAGCCAGUUAAUAGCGGUUUCCAAAAUCCUUUCCACGCAGCCCGAAAGACUGUCAUUUUAGACGACGUUGCACCGAAACGCACUCUCAAUGAGGAUGAGGAUGACUUCGAUCCUGACGCGGAGAUUCAGGCCCAGGGAAAUCACUUUGGCGCUCCAGAUCUUUACGGAUAUGUGGAUCACAACAAGGCGAACGAGAAUAUCAAGGCGCUCUUAGAAGGUGCAUUUGAUGAGGAUAAGAUUCCUCGGACGCGCGGUCGCAAAAAGAAGAAGCAGCAGGAAGACGAUGCGAGCCAGUCACUCGCUGACCGGUUGAAAGCCCUGGAAAUUAAGAAAGACGAGGAGGCUACUGCCGAGGAAAACGAGGAUGACGAAGCUGAAGACGACGGCACAGUAGACGGCAUGAAGGUGAAGCUUCUGCCUCACCAAGUCGAGGGUGUGGCCUGGAUGAUUGAGAAAGAGACGGGCGCCCACAAUAAACGGGCCAAGCUCCCCAAGGGAGGCAUUCUCGCUGAUGAUAUGGGUCUCGGCAAGACUAUACAGUCUAUUGCCUUGAUCCUUUCCAAUCCGCGACCGGAGAAGGGAGUGGAACCCGAGAAUAAGAAGAAUAAGAUCUUGCCCACUGUCGGAAAGAGCACGCUCAUCGUCGCUCCGCUAGCUUUGAUCAAGCAGUGGGAAGGCGAGAUCAAGGAGAGGAUUACCAAAUCGCACAGUCUCAAAGUUCUCGUUCAUCACGGCCCUAGUCGUACAAAGUCAAUCGACAAACUCAAAUCAUACGAUGUCGUGGUCACCACAUAUCAGGUCCUCACUUCUGAGCACAAGACUAGUGGCGAGAGUGUGGAUGGAUCGAAGAAAGGGUGUUUCGGUGUUCACUGGUACCGUGUUAUCUUGGAUGAAGCUCAUUCGAUCAAGAACCGCAGCGCACAGAUGACCAAGGCCUGCUAUGAGCUUCGAUCGCACUACCGGUGGUGCUUGACGGGGACACCGAUGCAAAACAACCUAGACGAGCUCCAAAGCUUAAUCAAGUUUCUGCGCAUUCAGCCGUACAGCGACGUUUCGAGCUGGAAGGAAUCCAUUUCCGGUCCUAUGAAGAACGGAAAAGGCAACCUCGCGAUGCGUCGUCUUCAGAUCUUCUUGAAAGCUUUCAUGAAGCGGCGUACCAAGGAUGUCCUCAAGAAAGAUGGUGCACUGAACUUUGGUGGGAAAAACACGGACGGCGACAAGAAGCCGGCUUUCCAGAUCGUGGCUCGUAAUGUGGAGACGGUCAUUGGAGAGUUCACAGCCAAGGAGCGUCAGUUCUACGAACGAUUGUCCAGCCGUGCUGAAUCUCGCCUCGCUGAGAUGAUGGGUGGCGAGAAACAAGAUUAUAUUGGUGCCUUGGUUCUGCUUUUGCGAUUGCGGCAGGCGUGCAACCAUCCGGAACUUGUGAAGAGCAGCGUCGGGGACGACAAGGAUGCUCUAACAACCGGAUCUAAAUCCAAUGCGCAGUCUGUUCUCCAGACACCACGCAAGCAACAGAGCAACGAUGCCGAUGAUCUUGCUGAUCUGCUCGGAGGCCUUAGUGUGCAAGUCAAACGCUGCGAUAUAUGCCAGAACACACUGAACCGCGAUAAUGCUGCCUCUGGAGCGAUUAGGUGCAACGACUGUGAAGCCGAUCUCAAUGCAUCGGUGAAGAAAGUCAAGAAAGUCAAGAAAGUCAAAAAGGUCAAGAAGCACAAGAAGGAGAUCGAGGUUAAACCGGACGCGUCUCAACCCUCGCGAAACCGCCGCGUCGUCAUGGACAGUGAUGACGAGGAAGAAGAGGGCGAAUGGCUGGUGCCCGAGGAUGAACAGAAUGUGACCGACUUGGGCAAAGCUGGCGGUACUGACGACGAGAAUGCGGAUGGUGGAGGCGAUACGUUAGCCACUGUGGAUUCUGACUCUUCCACGGAUAGCAAUGAGGACACUGUGGGCUCGUUCGUUGUCCACGAUACUGACAGUGAGGAAGAAGCCCCCAUUGCACGCAUGAAGAAGCAGCCCAAAGCGAUCAAGAUCGACGAUGACGACUCUGCUUCCGAAACGGAAGCAGACACUGAGGAUUCUGGAUCUGAGGCCGACUCAGAAGAGGAAGGCGAGUCUGAACUUGGAUACGAUGACUCGGAACUUACGCCUUCGACCAAAAUUCGCCAGCUUCUCGCCAUCCUUGAGAAAGAGACCCCAGAUCACAAGGUCAUUGUCUUCUCGCAAUUCACUUCCAUGCUGGAUCUCAUUGAACCUUUCCUCCGCCGCGAAGCUUACGGGUUUACGCGGUACGAUGGCAGUAUGCGAAACGAUCUGCGCGAAGCCAGUCUGGACAAACUCCGCAACGACAAGCGUACUCGUGUACUACUUUGCAGUUUGAAGUGUGGUAGUCUGGGCCUCAACUUGACAUGUGCCAGCCGCGUCGUCAUCAUGGAGCCUUUCUGGAAUCCUUUCGUCGAAGAGCAAGCCAUUGACCGAGUCCACCGCCUUAACCAAACCGUCGACGUAACCGUCUAUCGCCUCUCCAUCCACAAUUCAGUCGAAGAGAAGAUUCUCGCCCUCCAAGAAUCAAAACGCAAGCUAGCCGCCGCAGCGAUCGAAGGUGGCAAGGCCAUCGGCAAGCUAGACAUGCGUGAUAUCCUGGCACUUUUCAAGCGUGACGCCGAGUUCAAAGAUGAGCAUGUCGACGAUCCGCACGAUGCUCAUCUAUACACCAAAACUCGCGUCCUGGACGAGUCAGGAGCUGUUAUUGGCAGCGAAGGCUCCAGCGAGACGACCGAGGACCGGAGAAUGGGUAGUGGAAGGAAGGCUGGGAGUCUGGGUUUGAAGAAGAAGAGGGCCGAGGAUAGUGUUUGGGGCCGUCGUUGA